GAAUUUAUGAAUGAAUGUAUGUACUUACAGUAAAAACCCUAUUCUUUCUGUACCUCGAGUUCCCUCAGGUAGGAGGCGUAUACGCAUUUCGAAAAUAUCAUGCUUGCCAGAAUGCAAAUUAAGCAAUUAUAAAAUUUCUGUUAAAAUUUUCACUCCCCACAAAAAGCGGUCAGAGUUCGCCGGAAGAUCCAUCGGAGGAGCCGAAACGGAAUUCACGGCGGAAUUAAAUGGCGGUGGACGCUAGCAUCGCGUCGCUGUUAGAGAAGCUCAAAGUAGAAGAUCCUUACUUUCCGCCCAGACCUUGGGAGUCCAUUCCUUCUGAAAGCGGCCUUCCUUCUCAGUCGUCGCUUCACUCUGAACAUUCUUCAAGUUACAUCUUCUCCACCUCCGGAGUCUCUGAGUCUAGCUUGGUGAGGCUUGCAUUGAAUGCUUUGCAAGGUGUUGAAUCAGCUUUAAUAUCAAUUGGGGAACUCUCCUAUUUAUUUUGCUCUGAGUCAGCUGAUAGAUCGUUUCACUGCAUUCCAAGUUUGUGGACCAGGAGUUCUAGCACUUUGGCAUUAGGAAAUCUACUGAAGUCCAUAGGGCGCUUUGGUUGCAUUAUUUUUCUCAUCCACAAGUUUGUUUGCUAUUUUACAAGUUCAAGUGCAGAUUGUAGAUCAGGACCUGAUGAAAUUCUAGGCAACAAUUCAAAUGUAGCUGGCAGCUGCCAGUUGAAAAAUCAUACACUUGUUAAUCAGGCUUUUGCAGUUGCUGUGGGAAAGGUUUUAGAAGGUUACAUCUCUGCACUCAAUAGUUUGCUUUCAUCUGUGAGCUUAAGACGCAGCUCCAAGGCUACUGAUGGAGGCUGCCUUACAAGUGUUGGUAAUUCUGAGAUCACAGUGUUGGAGGUUUAUCUGCACACUACGGGCUUAAGAGCUCAAAUGGAAGCACUUGGAAAUAUCUGCAAUCUGUGUGAUUUAGCUCUUUGUUUUCCACAAUUGCCUUUGAAAGACUUAAUGGCUAAAGCUGACCUAGAAAUUCAUAAUUUCCCAAGAAGUGGUGCACUGAUAACAUUUUUAUACUUACAGCUAAAGGCUGCUGAUCCUGCUCAUUGUGCUCUCCUCAAGUUCCUCUUUCUCCGGUCUUGGGAACCAUAUUGUGGAUUUAUUAGAUCGUGGAUUUAUGAAGGCAGGAUCAAUGAUCCUUUCAAAGAGUUUGUAGUGGAACUUUUUGUUGAUCUACCUGAUCAUGCUGUGGAUGUCACUGGAACAUGUAAUGAGUUCCCAAUAGCUAGUGUCAAGGUACGAGAUGGAGUUGCAGUCCCUAUCUUCUUAGAGGAUUUUCUGAUUCCGCUCUUCAGAGCAGGCCAACAGCUUCAAGUGAUUAUGAAGUUGCUUGAGUUAUCCAAUAAUAUUGGAGCAAUAAAUGGUUCUUACGAAGAGUUUCUUCCUGGUUGUAAUGGGUUUUCAAGCAAAUAUCCUAGCUUUUCUUCAUCACUGACAUUUGACAAAGGAACAAUUGAAGCAAUCGUGCUGGCAAGAAACAGUUUUUACCUACAGUUACUGGAAAAAAUUGAUAAUAUUUUUUCCAAAUUUGAAUUUAGAUCUCAAGGGAUUUUGCUAUAUGGAGUUCAAGCAAUACAUGCAAACUGUGGAAGGAGUCUAAAGUCUUCUGAACUAAUUGCACUGGAUGAUAACUUGAUUAUGCCUCCAAGUGAAAUAAAAACUCAGGAAUUGCCUGAUGGUGCUUCUGAAGUAUCUACCACAGAUGAUGAGUUUUCCUAUGCUGAAGAUGUCAUGGAAUUAUCUGAAUCCUCAUCUUUAGAAAAUUUUGAAGAGCAAUCUGAGCCUGAGGAUUUGACUCAUAUUACUGAUAAGCGACUGGAGCCAAGUUAUCUUUCUGCUUUGAGUUUCUUUACAAAUGAUUCAUUGCAAAAGCUGCGCCAAGAUGAGAUUUCAUGCAAUUCAAAACCUUUUCUGGGUGAAAAAUGUGAAAGAAAAGAUAACUCUGGCUAUGCUGCUGGUAUUUAUCACAUUGGAAAGGUUGUGAGUGAACAUGCUUUGGACCCUACUGUAGAAGAGAAGAGUUUAUUACUUGCUCCUGAGGCCAAAGGUACAGAAAUUGGAUGCCAGCUGUCUGAUCACAUUCUUAAAAAUCCCUUUAACAUUGACCAAAGGAACAAUGAAAAUUUUUCAUUCCUUACAAUUAUUCACAAAUUGAAGGUAAGUGGUGAUAGUCAGAUGACCGAAAUGUUGGAUUGUGGUGAGUCCAUUCUACACAAAAGUGCUUCAGUACAGAAGGCUGAUAGCAAGCAUCAGUACCAAGAUGAUACUUUUCAAAAUUCAAGUAGUUUUUCUUCGUGGAGACUGUACCAUUCUAAUUUUUUCAAUAUGAACCCAAGUUUGACCAAAAGUUCUCUUUUUAAGCCAAAGUCCAGUCCAGGAGAAAGAUGGCACCAAAAAGAACCUUUAUCCUGUUUUGACUUUACAUCUGUAAGAGAUCCUUGUAAGUUAUACACAGAGAAGUUGGAUAAUAGAACAACACAACAUUUUGGAGCUGAACUUCCAGUUCUGACUGAUAGUACUGGUACUACUGCCAUUUCUACAAGUGAUCUGCUUGAUCGAGAAAGCCAUGAUCACCAAAACUCAGAGAAAAAGGGGAAGCUUUCUUAUGCUUCACCUGUAAGUUCAAAAACUAAUGCUAGAGAAGUCUCAUCACUUGCAAAUGCCAAUGGUGGGAGUGAGUGGGCCAGUCUGCUUGGUUGCUCUAACAUAACAACAAAUGCAGCUGCUAGAUAUCAUGGGUCUAGUUUGGUGACUGUUAAUGAGAUUCCAUUGGAUUAUAUUCUCAAGAAGUGCUUAUUGGAUGAGAUUUUGCUUCAAUAUAAGUAUCUGAGCAAGUUGACCAUAAAGUUGUUUGAAAAAGGAUUUGAAUUGCAAGAACAUCUGUUAUCACUAAGGAGGUACCAUUUAAUGGAAGUAGCAGACUGGGCAGAUUUGUUCAUCACAUCUCUUCUGCGUCAUAAAUGGUAUGUCUUAGAGGCUGAAAAGAGGAUAUCAGAUAUUCAAGGUGUUCUUGAGUUGUCAGUCCAGAGAUCUUCGUGUGAAGGAGACCUGAAUAGAGAUCGAUUAUAUGUGUACAUGAAAGAUGCUAUGGCUACAGGCCCAUUUCAUGGGAUACACUCCUUUGAUUUUCUUGGCUUGGGUUACCGAGUGGAUUGGCCAAUCAGUAUCAUUUUAACCCCUGGUGCAUUGAAAAUAUACUCAGAGAUAUUUAGUUUUCUGAUACAAGUCAAGCUUGCACUUAUUUCUUUAAGUGAUGCAUGGAGCUCACUAAAGAAUCACACUGAAUUGUGCAAGAAGAAUUGUCAUUUUGAGGCACAAGAUAUGAAAUCAGAUCAGAUAUCUAUCUUAACUAAGACCAGGCACCAGCUUAAUCAUUUUGUAUCUGCAGUGCAGCAAUAUGUACAAUCUCAAUUAUCCCAUGUUUCCUGGUGCAGGUUCAUGCACUCCCUUAAGCACAAGGUCAGAGACAUGAUGGACUUUGAGCUGGUGCAUAUGGCAUAUCUUAAUGAAUCACGACAUAUAUGUUUCUUAUCUGAGGAAACCCAACCAAUUGCCCACAACAUACAACAGAUUUUGCAGUCAGCAGUAGACUUCCGGUCUUCUCUGUCUGGUAACAUUUUCAAAUCUGGACUAAAUGAAAAAGGUCGGAUUGAUCUUCAUCAGAUAGACAUAUCCCAGGUGCUUUCCAUAAGAAAUACAUUGAUGAAGAGCGUCAAAGAUUUGUAUGAAUGUUAUCUCAAGUCCCCUAAACACGAUGACUUUGGUCUUUCACAUCUAUGGGGUUAUAUCAAUUACAACGAAUAUUACAGCGAUGUUAUUGGCCAACCACUCGGCCUCGGGAGUUUCCCUAUCUGAAACUUUGAAUGUGCACAGCAUGCCGGAAAAUAUCACAUGAGAUUGGUUUGUUGUCUAAAGCGAUGGGUGUGUUGAUGAGGCAGGAGCUUUGAUGGUUGCUAUAAAUCAUGAAGACAUGUGCACCCAGGGUCAGGGUGGGUGGGUGGGUCCUUUCAACUUUGGAGUCCCCUUAUGUACCAAUUAUGGAUGCAUCUGCCCUUGUGGCCUUGUGCAAAUAGCCCACACCAUUUAUAGUCCUGUACGAAAUUAUUGGUUCAUUUAAGGUGGUUAAGUCAUAGAAGAUGU